CAAAUUAGUAAGAUGGCUACUUCCGUAAACAAAGUUGAUGUUUCUGAUUUUCUACUUGAAGAGUACAAGGCCUGCAUGUUGUGUAAUGCAUUCUAUGGGCCAAACUUUGGACAGCCUGUCUGCAGCUCAUGCCACUAUUUUAUUUACCCAGAAGAUGUCAACAUCCCAGAAGACAACUGUUUUCUAAUGCAGAAGACAGACUCGGGAGAUUCCGGGAAUGAAGAACCGAAAGGCGAGGAAGAUUUUUAUGAGUCUGAAGAAAAGCGUAAUUUGGGGAGCCAGCCAAGCCACUAUGCAAGUAGCCCAAAAACGGACAAAUUAGUUGACAGAAUAAAAUCCCUCACUGUUUAUCAAGAGCAGAACAAAUGUAAUGUUCCAGAUGGACUGGUUGAUUCAAUACCACCAGAAGUAUUGCUGAGUGUAUUUAAAUACCUUGAUGACAUCUCGCUGUGGACUGCAGGAAAUGUAUGCUCCCGAUGGCGUCAACUCCUUAGUGGAGAAACAACAGAUGAAAAGUGGCAGCAUUUUAUAAGUCUCCGAUGGCCACUGUUUCGCCCCUUUUAUAAAGUGACUUCAUGGAAAAGUGUCUAUACAAAAUUACUAGAGAGUGCCCCUUGUCGCCACUGUCUAGAAAGCAUGAUGCUUCAGAGCACUCCACCUAUUGAGGAAAACUCUUGGAGACAUCGUAGACUGCGUAGUGAGCUGAAAACAUUAAAGACUGACCCCCCUGAAGGCAUUCAAGCCACCCCACUGGAUCGGCAUUGUUGCCAUUGGCAGGCUUCAAUUACUGGCCCUGAGGGUAGUGCAUACCAGGGUGGGCUUUUCUAUCUAUACCUUCAAAUACCACACAGUUAUCCAAUGCGCCCUCCUGUUGUGAGAUUCCUAACUAAGAUCUUUCAUCCAAAUGUCAGUCGUCAUGGAGACAUUGGGCUAGACUCUAUUUACCAUAAUUGGAGCCUGGCUCUGACUAUAUCCAAGGUGCUAAUCAGUGUGCAGUCUCUUUUAACAGACCCUUAUUGUAAUGUGUGUAUGGAGUCUUCGGUGGCAAGGCUGUACAAGGAGGAUUAUAAGGAAUAUUCUAGAAUCGCCAGAUUGUGGACAUGGAAAUAUGCAAUGCAUGAUUUUAUUAGACCUCAUCAUGUAACGUUAACAGGAAGUUGAAUGGAUGAUGGGAAAUUGAAUAUACAUAUGCGAGAUUGUGGACACUGAAAUAUGCAAUGCAUGAUUUUAAUGCAUGCAUGAUGCAUGACAUCAAGUUACGUUCACGAGAAGCUUAGAGGAUGAUGGGAAAUCGAAUACAGUAUUGAGUGUUUGAAUCUCAAGGGCAUACAGUUAAACCUUGCAUAUGCAGUUGAAAUGAAGUUCUACUUUUUGAGAAAACUUGAGUGAGAGUUCUCAUUUACCUUAUACCUUACAUUGUGAUAUCAUAUUGAGGAAUAAAUGAAUAUUCAAUCAUGAC